AUGCUCCCGUCGUGCCAGCCGAAGCCCGCGGACAGCAGCGGCAACCGGAGCUCCGUCGCGAAGCUGCUGCUCGGGGUCUUCGUGGUGUACAUGCUCCACACCGCCUGGCUGCUGUUCGGCUUCCUCAACACCAAACCCUGCGAUGGGAGCACGGGAGAGCUCUGCAUCACCUCCUACCUGACAGCACGAGCCCGGCUACAGAUGAGUGUCUUCACCUGCCUCGUGCCAGACAGCAGCCAACUCAACCUUGCUGUAAAAAUAGACCCCUUUGACCCGCACUCUACAUUUGAGAGGCAGGUGAAUGUCUCUCUGCCAGAGCAGACUCGGGCUAAUGGCACUCUGUUUGCAGUCGUGUAUGUUCACAAAGCCGGUGUUUCCCCUCUGGAGGACAGCAGGGAAGUUCACUACGCAGCUCAGCUCACCACCUACAUUACUCCCACAUACACAGAGGGGCAGAGAGACAUGCAGAAGAGGUCGAGUCCCAGAUCAGAGAAUACAGUGUCCCACUGGAGACCUCACCUGUCAAUCACUAUGAUGUCAGAGGACUUCACCUUCAACAAAGCGGGGCUUCCCGGUGAUGUGCGGCGCUACAUGAGAGUCUCUCAGGAAGGCCGACACAUGAUCUACCUCCCUCUGCUGCUGGUUAACGAGCUCAGCUUCAGAGUCAGAGACCUCCUGGAGAUCAGCAGCAGCACCGUUCAGCUCCCUCUGACUGUGUCCUACGAGGGAAUCUCAUUAAGGGGGUUCAGGUUCUGGGUGCAUCUACAGGACGUGGUUUAUUCCCUGCGACAGUUUGGCUUCACAGAGGAGAACAUAGAUGAAAUUAAAGAAACGUUGGUGGGCUCCAACCUCUACAUGUUAGUGUUGACUGCACUCAUCACAGCUCUACAACUCAUCUGUGAAUUCUUGGCUCUUAAAAAUGACUUCAGCUCAUGGAGAAAAAAGAAGAGCAUGGUGGGAAUGUCUAGGAAGUCAGUUCUGUGGCGUAGUCUCAGCACGUUGCUGAUCUUCCUCCAUCUGCUAGAGGAGACCAGUCUCCUGGUGCUGCUUCCUGUCGGCUUGGGAGCAUGUGUCGAGGUGUGGAAGGUGUUUACAGUGUUCAAGAUCCCGUUUCAAUGGAAAAGCUCCAAGCUCCAUGUAAAUAAGCUGGAUGAGGAAGAAAGAAAGACAGUGGAGUACGACACACAGGCGUCCAGAUACUUGUCCUACUUGGUCUAUCCUCUGUGUAUCAGUGGAGCUAUUUUCUCCCUGGCCUACUUACGCCAAAAGAGUUACUACUCCUGGUUGGUCAACACCCUAGUGACUGGAGUGUAUGCCUUUGGCUUCCUGUCUAUGGUCCCACAGCUCUUCAUCAACCACAAGCUGAAGUCGGUGUGCCACCUGCAGGGGACAGUGUUGAUGUACAGAGGAGUGAACACGCUGAUCUCAGACCUGUGCUCCUGCGCCUCCUUUUUCUCCUCGUCUGGAUCCUUCUCCUCCUCUCAUCAACUUUCCUGCUUCAGAGAUGAGCUCCUCUUCUUCCUCUACCUCUACCAGCGAAGGCGCUACGCCCACAAGGCCAGGAGGCGACGAGAGUCUGGGACCCACAGCAAGAAACUAAAGACUCAAUGAGGAGAAGACGCGUUCCUCUCCUUCCCUUUUUUCAGACAUGAAUGCACAAACACACAAAAACAACGUUGAAGAUAAGAAAUGGCGGCUCAGGCAGGACACUCGGCCCACGUGUGCCAUUCAAACUGAUCCAAGAUGAGCUGUUCUGCCUCCGACUCAUCACCGCUGUACACUCUUGGGUGCUGCUGCUUUUCACUUGGCAUCGAUAAAGCGUCCCCCCUUUAUUCUACGGACACUCUCUGCUGCACAUGAAGAAUGUCGACGGCAUCAUAUCAGCAGUCGUAAUGUGCAUUUGCUCGAUUCUCCUCUUUAUGGACCACGAUUUGUCAUUUUAAAUUUGAGUUUAAAGAGGUUUUCAUUCAUGGAUUUAUACACAUACAAUGUGUGUUUGUUCCAGCACUUAAACGAAGCUGGCCCGGCCUUCUAAUAAUGGCACAAAAAGGCUAUGUGACACUUUACGCUUGUUAUGGUUGUGCACUAUUACACCGAAUGAAAAUUAUUUUUGCACAAUUAUCCCAACAUAUUUUGUUUUAUUUGAAGAAUGUGAUCCUGACUAGUAGUCAAAAUGAUGUCCUCUGGUUUGAACAUUGCAUGGCUUUGUGUGUAACGAGAGACAUACAGGUGCAACAUGGCCGCAGACAGUUACGAGAAGGACAGAGCAGCAACA